AUGCUUAUAGGAUCCCAGAUACCCGGUGAGCUUAUUAGUAGACAAGUCUCUUGGCUUCCCUCGAUAAAUAACAAAACAUGGAGGAUUCUAGCAAUCGUGGGCAUCGUUAUUGCUUGUUUACUGGUGUUGUGGAUUCUGGGCUCAUUUCUUAGAUGUUGUGUACAUGGCGCAGCUGGCAUCUGCGAAUUCUGCUUUUGGUGCUGUCCUCGGUCAAGACCACAUCGCUCUGUCCAGGGCCAACGACCUUUACGGCCGCCCCCACCAUCUUACAGCGCUCCUAUGGUCAUUUACCAGCCUAUCGUCGAGCCUGAAAGCUCAUAUUACCGCGAGGUUCAUUAUGAUCUGGAGUCACAGAAACCGUACAAUGCUGCUGCUGCUAACGAGCAGUACGAAUUCCAAGGAUAUCCCGCACACAAUUCAAGGAUCAGAUAUUGA